AUGGUACAGCAUUCACAUAACGAUGCUCUAGUGGUGAUAUUAAAGGAUAGAGAUUGCCAAGUGAGGCUCAUCCUAAUUGAUCAAGGAAUCUCUUGUCACAUCAUGUACGUUAGAUGUUACAAGGAGUUUGGCCUCCACAAGGAUGAUCUAGAGCAAUCUGAUAGCCCAAUGGUUAGAUUUAAUGGCACGCCGACAUGGCCCGUAGGGACCCCGAGUCUGGAGGUACAGGUAGGGAGCAAGAAGGUACAUACAAAAUUUACUUUAAUAGAUACCCUCUCCUUAUACAACAUCAUUCUAGGAAGACCUUGGCUGUAUGCAAUAAGGGUUGUUCCCUCAACGCUGCACCAACUGUUGCGAUUUCCAACUGAGCAAGGGAUUGAAAAAGUGAGGGGAGAUCAAAUACAGGUGAAAAAUUACUCUAUGGCAUCAAUGAAAUACACCUAUAAUGCGAGAGUAGCAGAGACAACAGAGAUUGAAAGCGAAGACCGGGAGCCACAAGCAAUUCGAGAAGUGAACUACCCCACCUGGUUGUCCAAUACGGUGGUGAUAAAGAAGAAAAAUGGUAUGUGA